GUUGGGUGUGCUGAUGCGGGUGUGGGGAUGGGGAUGGGGAUGGGGAUGGACAAGGCCGCGGCGCUGCGGUGUUUAAAGGAGGUGGAUUUCGCGCGCAUCCGCACGGCGGCGUACGCGAUGAAGGACGACUUCAAGUACACGACCAGGACAUUCAACUGGGGCCCGGUCAUCGACGGCACGUUUCUGCGGGAGACGCUGACGGAGGCCGUGAGCGGCGGACGAAUCGACAUAGACGUCGCAUGGGCCACCUUCAACCAGCACGAAGGCGAGACGUUUGUGCCGCCGGGGCUCAGGACGGCGAACUCGACGACCGCCGGCGGGGGGUAUAACUCCUCCGAGGCGAGUUUCGACGGCUGGCUCCGGGGGUAUCUGCCCGGUUUCACGGACGCGGAUAUCGCGGAUGUGAAGGCUUUGUAUCCGGGCGUUGGGAGCACGGAUACGGCGGCUUAUGGUACGACGUAUGAGCGCGCCGGCGCGAUAUAUAGGGACUCGGUGCUGAGCUGUGCGGGCUUUUGGGUUGCGGGGGCGGCGAGGCGGGCGGGGUAUUUGUCUGAGUAUGCGCGGUUGCCGGCGACGCAUGCGGAUGAUACGAAGUGGGUAAGUGGAUGUUUGGUAUCUUCUUUGGCUCUGAGAGAGAGUGUGUGUGUGUUUGUUUGGAUGCUGACGGCGAUGUGAUGUAGUGGAAUUCGGUCAAUGCGGUGCAGACGGCUGAUCCGCUCGUCUAUCGGGGCUAUGCAGGGGCGUUUGCGA